AUGUUCAGAUCACCAGCAGAAGGGGAGCUGGAUCACCUAAAGGAGCAGUUGCAGUGUGCGGAGGCUGAAAAGGAGGCCCUGAAGAAAGCCACACGGGCACAAAAACAGCGGGCACAGCGCAGUGAAGAGACCGUGGGACAGCUCCGCACACAGCUCAUGGAGAUAGAAACUCAGUUGGCAGAUGCUGUGUCAGCCACAGAGAACUGGAGCAGCAGCAGCCAUGCAAAAGAGAUGAAGGACAAGGGACAGCUAGAGAUGGAGAUCAUAUUGCUGAACAGUGGUAUUACAGACCUGACGGAACAGUUGCAUGGGCACGAGAAAAAGGCCAGUUCUGAAAGAGAUGGACUUUUAGAUUGGCUGAAUGAGCUCACUACAGAGAGCACAACUGUUCACCUAGAGAACCAAAGAACUUAAGGUGUGACGAUCUGCAGCUGUACUCUCCAGUUUGUUCAGAAAUCAUCAUGGAACUGUCAACAGUCAUGAGCUCAUAAACAUACUUAUUUACAACAGAUUAUCCUUCAUUAUUCAGCAAG